AUGAGACUACAGGCAUGGUAUGGGGCACCACUCGCUGUGUGGGACGAUGCGACACAGCAGUUUCACGUCUUCUGGGCGUCGCGAUUCUACGACACAACCGGUACAGCGCAUAACAGUGUUGCAGGACUGGAUCGUAUCCGGUGCACAACCACAAAGGAUUUUGUAACCUUCACUGCGCCAGCCGACUGCAUCGCAGAUGGCACGCCAGUCAUUGACCAGGAGUUUCAGUACCUUGGUCAACCCGGCCAAUUCACCCGCUUCAUCAAGAACGAAACCAUCAAUCAGAUCUACCAAGAGAACACGACCGGUGGUCUCUUCGGUUCCUGGGAACGAAUUCCGGGGUACACAACAGCCGGGAGCCUCUGGGAGGGCACGGCAUCGGACGCUGAUAAUGUUGUGGCUGGGAAGUACCACGUCUUCCUCGAUAACUAUACAGAGUAUGUGCCAUUCGAGUCAACCGACUUGCAGACGUGGACGGCUUCAAGUAGGGACGACUUCCUGGACGGGUCUGAAGUACGGGUUAGUUAUGCAAGUGACGCAGGCGGAGUUGGACGCAAUCAGGGCAAAGUAUCCGGCGUGAUGAAAACAGGUAUAGAAGCGAAGCAUUACUCCAACAGCUUGGUAUCCUGCAAUGACGCGGAAACUGUUGAUAAUGGCUGCUGCAUAUCAAAGGCUGGAAGCUUUGCAGAACACCGUCUCAAUUUCGGCCUCUAA